UGGAUGCUGCCACUCUUCCCAAAUGCUGCCCAUCCGCAGGCAUGCCUUGCGCUUUGCCGCUGGCAACACAUGGCAACCCGCUGGGGCCUGGGUCGGGCGUUGGCCAGAACCAGGGCGGUCUACUUGUCAACUCAUCCGACCCCUUACCUUGUGCUUUAUAAGCAUGGUGACUUCAUAAGUUUUGUAGAAUCGAUUUUUUUUCCAUUACUCUAAUUGUUGUACAGUUCCCUCCAUCCAGUUCGUGAUCGCUCGAGGACUUGAUUCUAAUCGUGAACUUUCCUUCCUACUGAGUUCACAGGUGCUGACUGGUUCUUUUUGGUGUUCAUGGUGUUCUGAGGAGGCAAUUUAGUGGUAGAUAUGGCCACCGCAACUGAGCGUGCGACUAUGGGGGCCGAGGCUGCUCGGAUGGAAGGCAAAGGCUUGGGAGGCAGAGCAGCAGCUGCUGCUGCCGCAGCAGCUGAUAGAAACCAUCAGCCAGGAAUGGGGCCGCUCAAUGACGGUUUACAUUACGACGGCACUCCUUUAGCCCAUGAUGCAACCUCCGUCGGAGACAGAGGCUUACUCGAUCACCACCAUCACCACGCUGGCGGGGUGUUGGGCCACACCGAGGAAGAGAUGGCGCGGCUGCGAACCCGCACUCACAUAACUCACGAGGGCGAAGCCUACUGCCCCAACCCCAACAUAAGGGACCUCCCAAAGGAGUUCGAGACAAGAGUACAAGUCAUCCAGAGGUACCCGGAGAUGAAAACAGUGGAAAAGACCGACUUCGUGAAAGAGGUCCACCACGAGGAACGCACCAUAAUGGUGCCAAGGUCUAGAAUCGUCCACGACGAGAUAGAGAGGAUCGACCGGGUGCCAGUGGUGCGGCAGGUGCCCAAGACGAGGAUCGAGAUCGUGUACCGCGUGGUGGAAGAGCAGCGCGAGGUCACGGACAUGGUCCCCGAGGUGGACUACGUAGAUGUGCCUAGAAUUGAACAGGUACCUCGCGUCAUCACCGAGGAUGUGGAGGAACGGGUUGUCGUCCCUGUGGUGAGGGAGGUCCCCGUGACCCGCAUGGUGGAGGUCCCCACUGGCAACUACUGCGAGGCACCAGUCGGAGAGUUCGUCAACCCCGGAGACUUCAAUCUGCUGCACCACAAGCACGGUGGCCUCCUGCACCGGACCAAGAGUUCGUCGUCUUCAUCGUCGUCUUCCUCGGACGGCGAACUCCGAAGUGGCGAUGUGGUGCACAACGCCGACGGCACUGUCACCAGUCCCAGAGGCCACCGGAAGAGGCAUGGCUUGCUGUCUCGCAUCAUCCAUCACUAGAUUUUGCCCUUCCACCCUCCGACUAAUCGAUUGUUUCAUCGAUAUUCACAUUGGUUUCUCCAUCAUGGCGUAUUCUUCUUAGUCUAGACUCUGCAUAUGUGAAUAUGUGCAGUCUCGGUUUUUUCACUUCUGGACUCACCUAGCACACAAUCGAACUGGCAUGGGCUUUGGUGUAUAGAGCAAUGUAAUUUUUCGGAUACUUAUACAGUCAUGUUGGUUUUUUCCUCCGCAGUGAAAUAAACUGUGUUGGUGAUUUGUAAAGCUUCAUUUUGAUGGUCUACCCAAAUACACAUCCAUAAAGAAUGUGCACUUUAUCUA